AUGAGUUUUCAGGGUUUGGAGAAGGUUCGGAUGACCGGAGCUGGGAGAGCAAUCGCAGUUCUGACCAGUGGAGGAGAUGCGCAGGGUAUGAACGCUGCCGUCCGCUCCGUCACUCGGAUGGGAAUUUAUGUUGGAGCCAAAGUGUUUCUGAUUAAUGAGGGUUACCAGGGCUUGGUGGAUGGAGGAGACAACAUCAAACUGGCGCACUGGCACAGCGUGACCAACAUUAUCCAGCUGGGUGGGACGGUAAUCGGCAGCGCCCGCUGUAAAGCCUUCACCACGCGCGAGGGCAGACUGGCCGCCGCGUUCAACCUGGUGCAGCGCGGCAUCACCAACCUGUGUGUGUGUGGCGGCGACGGCAGCCUGACGGGAGCGAACAUUUUCCGGAACGAGUGGAGCGGACUGCUCGCCGAGCUGGUGACCAAAGGCAGGAUCAGCGCAGAGAAAGCCAAGCAGUACGAUCACCUGAGCAUCGUGGGUUUGGUGGGAUCCAUCGAUAACGACUUCUGUGGGACUGACAUGACGAUCGGGGCGGACUCGGCUCUCCAUCGCAUCAUGGACAUCGUGGACGCCAUCACCACCACGGCUAUAAGCCAUCAGCGCACGUUUGUUUUGGAGGUGAUGGGGCGACACUGUGGAUAUCUGGCUCUGGUGUCUGCCCUGGCGUCUGGGGCGGACUGGCUGUUUAUUCCCGAGGCUCCUCCGGAAGAGGGCUGGGAGGACCUCAUGUGCGCCCGGCUCGGAGAGAGUCGUAGUAAAGGAUCCAGGCUGAACGUCAUCAUCGUGGCUGAGGGAGCCAUCAACAGAAAGGGCGAACCCAUCUCCUCCAACUACAUCAAAGAUCUCGUGGUGAAGCGGUUGGGUUACGACACCAGGGUGACGGUACUGGGUCACGUCCAGAGAGGAGGAACCCCGUCAGCCUUCGACCGAGUUCUAAGCAGUAUGUUGGGAAUGGAGGCGGUCGUGGCCCUCAUGGAGGCGACCCCCGAUACCCCGGCCUGUGUGAUCGGUCUGUCGGGUAACCGCUCGGUGCGGCUCCCCCUGAUGGAAGCUGUAGAAAUGACUAAAGAGGUACAGAAGGCUAUGAGUGAAAAAAGGUUCGAUGAGACGAUUCAGCUGCGUGGAAGGAGCUUUGAAAACAACUGGAACAUUUACAAGUUACUGUCGUACCAGAAACCUGCACAAGUCCAGGUAACCAACUUCUCUCUGGCCGUCCUGAACGUUGGCGCUCCAGCAGCUGGUAUGAACGCAGCAGUCAGGUCUGCAGUCAGAGUGGCGCUGGCUGCCGGUCACCGAGUCUACACCAUCAACAACGGAUUCGAGGGUCUCGCCAAUGGAGAGGUUGAAGAAGUAUUUUGGAGCAGUGUGGCUGGAUGGACAGGCCAAGGGGGGUCAGUCCUGGGGACUAAGCGAACUUUACCCAAAUCCUGCAUGGAGAAGCUGGUUGAAAAUCUAAACAAGUACAACAUCCACUCACUGCUGGUAAUCGGGGGCUUUGAGGCCUAUGAAGGAAUACUGGAGCUGUUGGAUGCCCGGGGACGUUACGACGAGCUGUGCAUCCCCAUGUGCGUCAUUCCCGCCACCAUCAGCAACAACGUCCCCGGCACCGAGUUCAGCCUGGGGGCCGACACGGCGGUUAACGCAGCCAUGGAGAGCUGCGAUAAGAUCAAGCAGUCGGCCACGGGGACGAAGAGGAGGGUGUUUGUGGUGGAGACCAUGGGGGGAUACUGUGGCUACCUGGCAACCACGACCGGCAUCGCGGUCGGAGCUGAUGCUGCGUACAUUUUUGAGGAUUCGUUUAACAUCCAUGAUCUAAAGGCGAAUGUUGAGCAUCUCACAGAGAAGAUGAAGAAGGACAUCCAGAGAGGUCUGGUUCUCAGGAAUGAAAAAUGCCACCCGCACUACAGCACCGACUUCAUCUAUAAGCUGUACUCCGCUGAAGGAAAAGGAGUGUUCGACUGCAGGGUCAACGUGCUGGGGCAUCUACAGCAGGGAGGCGCACCGUCACCUUUUGACAGAAAUUUCGGCACUAAGUUGGGUGUAAAGGCUGUGCAGUGGCUGACCGAGAAGAUGACCGACGCUUACAGACAAGGUCGUGUGUUCGCUAACUCCCCGGACACGGUGUGUGUGGUGGGUCUGGUCAAGAAGGGAGUCACGUUCAGCCCUGUGACCGAGCUGAAGCCUGAGACGGACUUCGAGCACAGGAUGGCUAAGGAGCAGUGGUGGCUGAAUCUGCGACUGCUGCAUAAGAUGCUGGCCAAAUACCAGACGCCCUUGGACCAGUACGUCACAGGAGAGGUUGAACACGUGACACGCCGCUCCCUCAGCAUAGACACUGGGAUUUAAACCCUUCUGUACGUUCUACUGUACACCAGCGAAUCAUGACGGCGGUCUGUGUUUACGACUCCGCCACCUUCCUCACCUUCACGUUUCAUGCUCGGGUUACGAGACUUUAUCCAAAGCAGCAACAACACGCUGCCUAACACGUAUAUUUACACGCUUAACUUAGGGCGCAUUCACAUGAGAAGUGUUUUGUACUUAGCUUCGGUAAAACCUCAUCAAAGUGUGAAUAUGAGACGAAUAAGGUGCAGAUCCAGGGUUACAGCUCCACGUGUAUCUGUGUUUAUCUGGAUUCUCCUCCCUGUUUCACUUUUAAACUUGUGUUACAGCUCCAGCUUCUGAGAAAUGGUGAGAAUCAGAAUCAGCUUCUCCCAGAGUCUAAAACGCUUCUGGUUCAGAAUAAAGCUUAACGUGGUUUAAUGUAGUAAAAGAAGGAGACAGGAGCACUAAACUUCUCUUCAUUAUUACUGCUCAUAAGUUCCUCCACUAAUCACAUUCCUCACUCGCUGUUUUACUACAGUAAGCCUGAGUCGCUUUUACCGCCUCGUAUCAAACAGUUCGUCUCAUUGGAGGAGCUUUGAAAAGGUCAGCAAACUGGGUCAAAGUUCAAUCAGGUGAACUUACAGGGCUGUCACACUCCAUAUGAAAUAAUGGCACAGCAGCAGCCCAUGUGAAUGCACCCUAAAAGUGUAAAAUAACCAAACUCAGCCUUAAAGUAUUACUACACACUGCCAAACAAUGUCUGAAAUGUAAAGCAAUCCAUGAACUAGCAAAUAUAUGAACUGCACUGCCAAACGUACCCAUAUAUAUAAACUACUUCAUAUACUGUACACAUAAAAACAGUGCACAACCCACCAAAUAUUUUAAAAUGGGACCAACAGUCCAAACUAUAAAGCCGACAGCAGAUGUAGCAGCAAAAAAGAUCCCUGUUGGUACAAAGUAAAACAUAAACAUGUAUCUACGUAUUGCCAAAUAUUAAAUCAUUCUCAUCUUUCAAUCUCAUAUCAAAUGUAGAGUAGAACUAGAUUGUGUAUAAACUACAGUU